AUGGAUACUAGGUUACUCUGGAAGUACAGCCAGUGGUGUCCACGGUCCAUAUUUCUGCAGGUGGAGCGGUGCAAGCUCAAGUCCUCACUCGGAGUGGACCCCAGCGGCCACGCUUCCCCCCUCCCCUGCCUCCGCGCCUACUCUGCAGCCUUCCUGCGGCUCUGCAGUCCCGGCACGCCCCCUCCACCCCCUCCAUCCGCGCUCCCAGCCUUUCUUCUUGCCUCCCACCUCCCUGAGCGAAUGGAUCAUUUCCUCCUAGGGCACCUUCCCUACUUUUGGAAGAAGGACGAGGUUUGUGGCCGCGUGCUCCAAGAUGUGUUUUUGGAUUGGGCUAAGAAGUACGGGCCUGUCGUGCGGGUCAAUGUCUUCCACAAAACCUCGGUCAUCGUCACAAGCCCUGAGUCGGUCAAGAAGUUCCUGAUGUCAACCAAGUACAACAAGGACUCCAAGAUGUACCAUGCCAUCCAGACUGUGUUUGGCGAGAGGCUGUUUGGCCAAGGCUUGGUGUCCGAGUGCGACUACGAGCGCUGGCACAAGCAGCGGAGGGUCAUGGACCUGGCCUUCAGCCGCAGCUCCUUGGUCAGCCUGAUGGAAACAUUCAACGAGAAAGCGGAGCAGCUGGUAGAGAUUCUCGAGGCCAAGGCAGAUGGGCAGACCCCGGUGUCCAUGCAGGAAAUGCUGACCUGCACCACCAUGGACAUCCUGGCCAAGGCAGCUUUUGGGAUGGAGACGGGCAUGCUGCUGGGCGCCCAGAAGCCUCUGUCCGGGAAGGUGAAGCUGAUCUUGGAGGGCAUCUCUGCAUCCCGCAACACCCUGGCGAAGUUCAUGCCCGGGAAGUGGAAGCAGCUGCGCGAGAUCCGCGAGAGCGUCCGCUUCCUGCGCCAGGUGGGCAGGGACUGGGUGCAGCGCCGCCGGGAGGCCCUGAAGCGGGGGGACGCCGUCCCUGCCGACAUCCUCACGCAGAUUCUCAAAGCGGAAGAGGACACCCAGGACGACGAGAUCCUGCUGGACAACUUUGUCACCUUUUUCAUUGCUGGUCACGAGACCUCUGCCAAUCACUUGGCAUUCACGGUGAUGGAGCUGUCCCGCCAGCCCGAGAUCUUGGCAAGGCUGCAGGCCGAGGUCGACGAGGUCAUCGGUUCUAAGAGGCACCUUGACUACGAGGACCUGGGGAGACUGCAGUACCUGUCCCAGGUCCUCAAGGAGUCGCUGAGGCUGUACCCGCCCGCGUGGGGCACCUUUCGCCUGCUGGAGGAGGAGACCUUGAUUGAUGGGGUCAGAGUCCCCGGCAACACCCCACUCCUGUUCAGCACCUACGUCAUGGGCCGGAUGGACUCCUACUUUGAGGACCCACUGACCUUCAACCCGGAUCGCUUCAGCCCCAAAGCACCCAAGCCGAGGUUCACCUACUUCCCCUUCUCUCUGGGCCCGCGCUCCUGCAUUGGACAGCAGUUUGCUCAGAUGGAGGUGAAGGUGGUCAUGGCCAAGCUGCUGCAGAGGCUGGAGUUCCGGCUGGUGCCCGGGCAGCGCUACGGGCUGCAGGAACAGGCCACGCUCAAGCCGCUGGACCCCGUGCUCUGCACCCUGCAGCCCCGGGGCUGGCAGCCNGGGGCUGGCAGCCCGCGCCCCCGCCCCCGCCCUGCUGAGGGCGCCCUGGGCAGCACAGGACUCCUUGGGCAGGGGCCGCACCCCCCUCCUCUGCAACCCCCAGCACCCGCCCUGCUCCCCCCGCGUCCCUGGAGGCACCCUCCGCUCGGGCUCCCAGAGGGCCCUGUGCCAGCCGCCUCCUGCUGAGCUCCCUGUCUGCUGCUAACUCCACUGCCCUUCCUGGACCAGCCCCGCCUGACUCCCAGCUGCCACCCAGAUGUGCCAUUGUCUCCCCCACCUCUUUGCACAGGCCACUCCCUCUGCCAGACACCCUAACUCCUGCUUACCCCUGAACGCCCUCGUCAGGUAUCGCCUCCUCCAGGAAGCCCUCCCUGCCCCCCCCAGCCGGGCCAGGGGCCCCUCCUCUGUGCUCCCUUGGUCACCUGUGCUACCUCUAACACCACACUGACCACUGUAUUGUGAAUGUCCUUUGAAACGACCGACCGCCCUGCCAGGCUGUGAGAGCCUCUUCGCGGGGUCUGUGUGUGAUUCGUCUCUGUGGCCUCCCGUGCCCACCGAGGGCCUGGCACAGAGUCGAUGCUCAAUAAAUAUGUGUUGACUGCA